GAAAGAGAGAGAGAGAGAGAGAGUGAGAAGAGAGAGAUGUCGAACUUUCCAAUGGACUUGAUCGUCGACAUUCUCUCACGUUUGCCGGUGAAACCUCUUCGACGUUUCAGGUGCGUUUCUAAACUCUGGUGUUCUCUUAUCGAUGAUCCUGAUUUCAUCAAAUUGCAUCUAAAUCGAUCAAUCAAUACCAAAUCCCAUCUCAAUCUCAUACUCAACGAUUGCUCUCUCUCUUCCGUAAACUUCGAUUCACUGGAUAAUGCCACCAAACUAAAACCCCCAUUGAAAUGGACCGACUUUGGAAUAGAGGUUUUGGGUUCUUGUAAUGGGUUAAUCUGUUUGUAUAAUGGUGAAGAAGAUGUCUGUAUUUGGAACCCAUCCACUCGAAAACACCGAAAACUAUCCGUAAAUAAUCCCUAUAAAUCCCCCUUCUUUUUUACUAGUUACCAGAACAUAAUUUACGGAUUUGGGUAUGAUUUUGUUACUGAUGAUUAUAAACUUAUGAGGACUACUCAGUUUCAGGGUAAAAAUUGGGACUUAUUUGAAUCUGAAGUUAGGGUUUACAGUUUGAAGUCGAAUUCAUGGCGAAGAAUUCAAGAUUUCCCUUAUUAUCUAUGGCAUAGUUUUCAGCAUGGCGUGUUUGUCGGUGGUGCUUUACAUUGGGUUGUGAGUCGAAACUACGAGUCAGAUAGUGUUAAUUUUUUGGUGGCUGCAUUUGAUCUUACAAAUGAGGAGUAUCGAUUAGUACCACAGCCGGAGUUUUCUGAUGAGGGUUUUUAUAUUUGUGUAGGGGAGUUGGAUGGGUGUCUAUGCAUAUUCUGCAAUUAUGACCAAGUCCGGUUUGAUGUGUGGGUAAUGAAGGAUUAUGGAGUGAAAGAAUCGUGGAGUAAAUUGUUUUCAAUCGCAAAACCACAAGGGAUUAGGUUGUUUGAUUCUGUGACUCCUGUAGCUUAUUCGAAGAGUGGUGGUGAGGUCCUAUUGGUGCAAGACAACGAUAAUCUUAUUUGGUUUGAUCUUGAACAUAAAACAGUUAAGAAUAUCAACAUUCAUGGUCUUCCAAAAUUGUUUGUAACAAAUAUGUGUGUCGAAAGCCUUGUUCCGCUCAAGGGAGAAGGUGAAACAAGGGAAGAAGCCGAACGAACAAGAGAACAAGAAGAAGAACCAAAAGAAGAAUAGGAAAAAGAGGUAAAUGCGUUCUUCGUUGCUUUAGUCUUUCAUAGUAGUGCCAAUGUUGUAGACACAAUUGUGAUCUUGUUAUAAUAGAAUUGAAUACCUAUCUUAUAUUUUGACAUUUGGUUAGCUUCAA